AUGAUGUCAAGUUUUUACAAUCCUGUUUAUCUCAGGACAGUACAGUGGUUGGACGACCCACAUCGACAACCUGUGGUCUCCUUCACAUCGAGGAUUCCAUCUGCUCUCCCCAUCGCUGAUGCUUCGUCUUUACACCCAUCCCUUGAUACGUUCAAUCCCUUCGAGCCUAUGUUGGUUGACUUACUUCGGAAAGAAGUGGGGAAGGAUGCAGAACUUUUGUUGAGUGGUCGUAUGCUUGAGAUGAAAAUCUCUGCUACAAUACAUCUAUUGACACACCAUGAAAAUGGAUCUCUAAACUUAUGGCAUGUCGCUGUAGACGAGAGUAGCAGUUUUACCUGCAUACUUUGUGUAACACAUAAGUCGCGCAUGUGUGGACAUCGUUUCCAGAUUGAUCAGGUUGUCCCUCACCCUGCUCUCCCACUUCUUCUGACAACUUCACAAUUUCAGCCUGAACAAUCAGAUUUUGGCAAUGUAAGUAUUGCACUCUGUUUAUUUUCGCACAGUUUCAAAAAACAAAACUUAUUUCGAUCGGUACUGCACAUCAUUUUUGAGAACCAAACUCCAGGCCAUUUCACUAUUUCUCGCUACAUCUGA